GGCACAGCAGCGGCGGCCACUGUCCCACGCCGAAGCUGAAUAGUUAUUAUAAGAAAUAAGUUGCGUGUUUUCAGUCAGCGUCUCCUUUCCCAGGAUGCACCGGUCUCUUCAGCCCCAUCGCGUUACCCGGGAAACCAAGCACAACAACUAGAGCGGCCCGGGAGUCCCAUGAAGUGAAAGCGGGAAAGCAGAACAUGGAACAGCAGGGUGGGCACAGCGGGGAACGGGGUGGUGCCUAUUUUCCCAGGGCAAUAAUGGCAGUGAGACGAGAACAACAGUCAGAUCCACAUGACAAAACCACAGAAGAAAAUCUACUCCAGAAAGCAAACACAGCUACAUCUUGUUCUUCUUCUAAUGUGCCUCUAGGCAUUUCAGUACAGUUACAGACUGAUAACAGCUGGCUCCAUGAGCAAACCCCAGAGAUUGACAUAACAGAAACCCCAAAAAGUAUCACUGCAACAGCGGAAGAUUUUCUUACAAUCACUAAACAUGAAGAUUUGUGUUCGUCGUUAUCUGAAGGCCUAAGCGAGCUGAGCAUUCUGUGUGAUUUGGAGUUCGGCUUGCAUUAUAAGACUUUUUUUGAGGAGCCACUGAAAACUUUGCCUAGUAUUGGGCCACCUACAAUCUUGGCAUACAAACGUGAAUCUUCUGAAAAUGACAGACUUCUGGCAAUGAUGCAGAUCUUGAAUCAGCAGUCUGAAAAGGAGAGGUGUGAAUUCUGUGGACAACCACUGCGGCCAUUUCCUUUUGAUUCUUUCAUGGAGAAGCCAUGUUCUGAUUCGUUCUUUUGCUGCAAUCAGUAUAAAAAUGUUUUCGAGUUUCUGUUCAAUGAGCAAAACCAAAUGCAGAGAAAAGAAAAGGUUGAGCCCAUUUCAAUUGCUCCUCACCCUCCUCAUGGUAAUGAAGCAGAGAGACAACAAUCCAAGGAAAAAGCUGCAGAAAGGCUUCGAGAGAGACGGAUUGCAAAAUCCUUUGCUUCUAUAGUUACCGAACCUACCACUUUCUCCGAAUAUGGGAAACCAAUGAAAACCAUUUCUUACCAACACUCAAAUGCCCCACCGGCUGGAGAAAGCUGCCCUGCAAUGCCUGACGUUUUACCAUCAACAAUGGACGCAGAGAAACUGGAUGAUGAGUGUACAUCCUAUGAUUUUAUUUUAACUAGUGAACAGAUGACCUCUCAGUUUGUAGAAAAAUUCUAUAGAACUGGCCAGAGAUUCCUCAUCGGUUUCCCAGAUGGAACGGCGCAAAUAUUCUACCCUUCAGGCAAUUUGGCGGUUGUAGCAAUAACAAACAACAGAAAAGAUUCUGUCUACAUAGUUCAAGAAGACAAAGAUGCCAAUGCAGACAUUAUAGCUGUGUUUGGUUACAGUGGAAAAGCUACCUGUUAUCACCCGAAUGGAAACGUGUGGCUAAAUUUAAAUCCUGUAGGAGGAGAAUACUUUGACCACACAGGUACACGGUUAAGGAGAUGGAUAUGGAAGAGCACUGAUUCAAGUGAACCUUGUGUUUCGUUCAAACCAGUGUUUAUAUCCUUGAACCAGCAGGUUGGCAUAAGGAUAUGUUCCCAAAAACAAAUCUCUAUAUCAUUCUUAUCUAUGGGGAAGCAAGCAAAAAUCAAAAUUUGGAGAGGACUCCAGAUGAAAACACAGGUGGAUGGUCUGGAAACAUAUAUUCAAAUGAAAAGGGAAAUACCAGAAGAAGAACUGAUUCUAUUUGCCUGCAAGAUCAAAAUCCUCAGCAUGUUAAAUAAAUUGGAAGGAUUUGUGAAGUUCCCUACGAAUGAGCAGUGGGACAAACUUAAACCCCCUUCUUUUCUGGUCGCUCAGACACAGAGGCUUGUGUUCCUGUGCAAUAGGGGCAGUGUCAGUAAAGAGGCACAAUCUUCAAUAAGAGAAAUCUUACUAAGCAGCCACAUGGAGGCACCUAACAUCAUGCCGCAGCCAGGCAUAAAUAACUAAGACCUGCCAUGAAUAUGGAGCUCAUUGAAGCUUUCCUCUGUUUAUCAGAACAUAAAACCUUGAAUACUGCAGUGAAGGAUAAUGGAGAAAUCCUAUAAAUAGUGAUGAAAUCCGCCUGAUGAAGACAGCUACAGUGGGUGGUUAACUAUUUAUGACAUUGUAUUUUGAAUAGAUACACUACUGUGGAAAUUCCCUUUAAGGAACAGUAACACCAAAAAAUGUAAGUGUUUUAAAGUAAU